AUGGAUAAAGGAAACCAAAAUGUUAAGGAGCCUUAUAUUGAGGGAUGGGGAGUCUCACCAUUCACUAUUGAAGAGCCUUCUACGUUAUUAUUGAUUAUUGAUGGGGAGAGUCGACAGUCCUCUCGACCGACCUUCCUCACGUUGCCUUUCUGUCAUCUCUCCCCAGAACCCUCCUUUUACCUGUUUUCCUUUAUUUUCUUCCAUCCCAAGAAUCGUCACAUCAGAAACCUACGCGACAAAACCAGAAUCACUCUCAAUGUUCCUGUCGGACCACUAAAAGCCCACCAAAUACUGCCAUCCCUCCUCUUGAACACACCAGCAAUCCCUGCUGUACUGGGUUAUCCAAAGGCACAUGCUCCUUCUCUUAGUUUCUUUGAAUGCCUCAAGAGUCAGCUUAGCAAGCAAAACAUUGAUCUCACAAUGAAAGGAAGGGUGCGUCGUUGGCUUUGUUGUACUUGUAAUGUAGAAGAGACUUAUGAAUCAAAUGAAGAUGAGCUACUUAAAAGCCCAAGGAAUCAUACAAAUGUGAACCAUAAAAGCUCAAAGGCAUCUGCUCCAGCCAAGACUGAAGUGCAGAAAACACCACCACCCAUUGAAGUGCCUGCUUUGUCUUUGGAUGAACUAAAAGAAAAGACUGAAAGUUUUGGAUCAAAAUCUUUGAUUGGUGAAGGUUCGUAUGGAAGAGUUUAUUAUGCAACCUUAAACAGUGGACAAGCCGUGGCUAUAAAGAAACUUGAUAUUUCUUCUGAGCCUGAACCCAAUGAUGAGUUUCUGACUCAGGUUUCUAUGGUGUCAAGACUGAAGCAUGAAAAUCUUGUUGAGUUGCUUGGUUAUUGUGUGGAAGGGAAUGAACGUGUUUUAGCAUAUGAGUUUGCAACCAUGGGCUCUUUACAUGACAUUUUGCAUGGUAGAAAAGGAGUCCAAGGUGCACAACCAGGUCCAGUGCUUGAUUGGAUGCAGCGAGUGAGAAUUGCUGUUGAUGCAGCAAGGGGACUAGAGUAUUUACAUGAGAAAGUUCAACCUUCUAUUAUACAUCGGGAUAUCAGAUCAAGCAACGUGCUUCUAUUUGAAGACUUCAAGGCCAAAAUCGCUGACUUUAACCUUUCAAAUCAGGCUCCUGACAUGGCUGCUCGUCUCCAUUCUACUCGAGUUUUGGGGACCUUUGGUUAUCAUGCACCAGAAUAUGCAAUGACUGGUCAGUUGACACAGAAGAGUGAUGUAUAUAGUUUUGGUGUUGUCCUUCUAGAACUUCUCACAGGUAGAAAACCUGUUGAUCAUACAAUGCCUCGUGGGCAGCAAUCUCUUGUCACUUGGGCAACCCCAAGGCUAAGUGAGGACAAGGUUAAACAAUGUGUGGAUCCAAGGUUAAAGGGUGAAUAUCCUCCAAAAGGAGUUGCUAAGCUUGCUGCUGUGGCCGCAUUGUGUGUGCAGUAUGAGUCAGAGUUCCGACCAAACAUGAGUAUAGUUGUCAAGGCUCUCCAGCCACUUCUCACGCAGAAGCAGCCUGCACCAGCUCCUGAGAUUUAAUAUAAAUGAAGCUUGUCCCCAGUUUUCUGUUGCACUGUUGAAAUUAUGCAUUUCAUGUUUGAUUUGGUUACUAUUUUCUUACAUACUGGGUUUCUUAUACAUAUAUUGAAUGGAUGAAAUUGGGUGGGUUCUUACAGGUUUCGGAUAUGUUCCUCA